AUGAACCCUUUCCAUGCCAUCUACCAUCCCGAAAGCGUACAAGAAGAUAUGGAAUACGACCAUGACGGCAAUGAGCCCUACGAAGAGCCUGCAAGAAGAUCUAAGCGGCGGAAGAUCAGUCCGGAGGAAACGCCAGUACGGAGGGUCACAAGAAGUGCGCAGAAAAAAGCUGCUGCGUCAGCACCUGCCAGAAAGGACUCGAAAGACACCAUGAAUGUCAAAAAAGAAGCUAUAGAACCGACAGCUGUGCCUUGUACGAAAGAGAUGCCGCCACCAAUCACCACGCCAAAACGCCGCAAAAAGACCAUCAUACCAUCGUCCCAAUCGUCAGUUGGUACGCCUUUAUCUACACGGAGUCAAAAGACUGCGAGAAACACUUCAAGAUCUCCGCUGAAAGAUAUAUCUAACAACAUCAUGAUUAUGCAAUCACCAAUCUCAGCCAAAGCAUGGACGCACAAGAAAGGUGGGGAAAUACCAGACAGUCUGGAAAAUGAGUAUGGAGAUAGCCCGUUGAAGAGGAUCGAAAGGACUAUUUCAAAUCAUGACGUUGAAGAUAUGAAGCAUACGGAUAUUGCGCCCGAUAGUAUACAACUUGUGCAGUGCUCUAACGAAGAUAGAGUUGAAGACUUUAGACCACGCAAACAUCCGGCCUCACCGUCAAAGACCUCAAGUUAUCUCGCGUUCGAUCAAGCAUCAGAAGAUAAGUCUACUCUACUUAUGAUCGCGGAUAGCUUCAGCCAAGGUGAAGAGAAGGACAUCUUCCCGACAGAGGCUGCAUCCUCCCUGCAUACUGCCUCCUCAAAUCCAUCUAGCGAGCACAACGGAAGGUCGCCAAUUCAGGCUAUAAAAUCCCCAUUCGGGUCCGACCAUCUUUCUUGUCCUGAGCCGGAGCCUAAAAUAUUGGUACCCUCGUCGCAGGCAACCACCGUUGCAGGGACGCAACCUUACCUCAAGAAUUCUUUGCAAAACAUACCGUCAUCCCAACCCUCGGUGCCACCACCCAUGUCUUCACCUGCAGCUAAUCGUCCUUAUGCAGAAGACGUUCAGCGCCAGUACGAAUGGAAUGCCGAGGAUCGAGUGACAGACAGCCAGCUCCUCCCCGAAAGUUUGAUGAACGACAGCCUCAUUGGACCACCUGAAGAUUGGAAGACUAUGAUAGAGGAUAGCUUAAGUGAUGCAGACACAGAGAGCGAUAACAUAAUUUAG